GUGCCGCGGUAAUUGGCUGGAUGUGGUACUUGGAGAUGUUGAGCUGGCUCCUUCCCCCCAUGUCCCUGCACACACACAGGGGCGGGUGGUGCGGGCGGGAGCGGGAGGCAGGGCUCAGCCCCGGCGGUGGUGGAGCUCGCCCAUCCGCCUGCCUGCCCGCCGCCGUGCCUGAGCCGCUCCUGCUGCUGGGCUGCUGCCUGCGGCCGCAGGACCCGGCCGAACCGGCCCGAGGGGAGCGCGGGCGGCUGCUGGCGGCUGCCGAGAUGAUGGCGGAGGGCGGCGGCGGGCCGGCGCGGCGGAAGGCGCUGUCGCUGCUGGAGGCGGCCCGCUCCCGCUACGAGAGCCUGCAGAUCUCAGACGACGUCUUCGGGGAGUCGGGCCAGGACAGCAGCGGGAACCCGUUCUACAGCACCUCGGCCGACUCCCGCUCCGCCGCCUCUUCCCAGGACGAGGAGGACGACGAGGAGGGCGAGGGGCGCCCGGAGGGGCCGUGCCCGCGGAGCAGGGCGGCGCGGCGUCGCGUCCCCAGGCCGGCGGCGGCCCCGGCGGAGCGGCGGCGGCAGCAGCAACGGCAAGCCGGCGGCGGAGGCGGCGCGGUGCCGGGCGGCCCGGGCCCGAUGGAGGAGGGGGAGGAGGAGGAGGACGCGGAGACGGGCGGCUGGACGCGGUCUCUGCGAGACGUCCCGCCGCCUCGCUUCAAGGAUAGCAGCGGUCCAACACGAAAAAUGCCCUUGACUGCCAGUGCCAUGGACUUUUUUCAACUCUUUGUCCCCGACAACGUACUAAAAAACAUGGUGGUACAAACCAACAUGUAUGCCAAGAAGUACCAGGAGAGAUUUGGUAGUGACGAUACCUGGAUUGAUGUCACCUUGACAGAAAUGAAGGCUUUCCUAGGCUACAUGAUAUCGACCAGCAUCCACCACUGUGAGUCUGUUCUCAGCAUAUGGAGCAGCGGCUUCUAUAGCAACAAGAGCAUUGCACUUAUCAUGACACAAUCACGGUUUGAGAAGAUCCUGAAGUACUUCCACAUUGUGGCCUUCCGCUCGAGCCAGACUACUCACGGACUCUACAAAAUCCAGCCUUUCCUGGACUCUCUGCAGAACGGCUUUGACUCUGCUUUUAGACCUUCACAAGCCCAGGUUCUGCAUGAGCCUCUGAUUGAUGAGGAUCCUGUUUUCAUUGCCACGUGCACAGAGAGGGAGCUGCGCAAGAGGAAAAAAAGGAAAUUCAGCCUCUGGGUUCGUCAGUGCUCAUCCACUGGUUUCAUCUGCCAGAUUUACGUCCAUCUCAAAGAAGGCAGUGGUGCUGACGGGCUGGAUGCUUUGAAGAACAAGCCACAACUGCACAGUAUGGUGGCCAAAAGCCUUUGUCAGAAUGCCUCUGGGAAGAACUACAUUAUCUUCACUGGCCCAAGCAUUACCAGCCUCAAUCUCUUUGAAGAAUUUGAGAAGCAAGAAAUUUACUGCUGUGGGUUGCUGAGCGCCAGGAAGAGUGACUGUACAGGCCUACCUCCAUCCAUGCUGAACAACCCUGACACUCCCCAGUCCAGAGGACAAUACAGAAUAAGAAUGAAGGGAAACAUGUCCUUGAUCUGCUGGUACAACAAAGGGCACUUCCGUUUUCUGACUAACGCCUAUUCACCGGUUCAACAAGGAGUUAUAAUUAAGAGAAAAAGCGGAGAAAUUCCAUGCCCCUUGGCGGUUGAAGCAUUUGCUGCUCACCUUAGCUAUAUCUGCAAAUACGACGACAAAUACAGCAAGUAUUUUAUUUCUCACAAACCAAACAAGACCUGGCAGCAAGUAUUCUGGUUUGCCAUCAGCAUUGCUAUAAACAAUGCCUACAUCCUGUACAAGAUGUCAGAGGCCUACCAUGUGACGAGGUAUAGCCGUGCACAGUUUGGUGAAAGACUUGUAAAGGAGCUUCUGGGCUUGGAAGACAUCUCACCUUCCCAUUGAUGUAACGUUCUUGGAGGCAUAGGCAGGAGGUGGAAGGUAAGCAGAAGAAAAUACCACACCUGCAACAGCAAAGCAAGGAACUUCUGACGCCACCAGUGCUGUCCUUAUCCAAAAACACCAAGUGAUGCCACUAGAGAGGUGGAAACUUUGUUCCUAGUAGCAGCUGGAUGUAAACAUGUUCUGCAGAAAGUGCCACAAGAAACGCUGACACAGAAUUGCAUAUGUGAAUGCCCUGUGGGUAUCUGUACACUGGAAAUGGACUUAAAUUAGUUGUCUCUCAAUGCCAUUCAUUAAACAGGGUCAUCUUGUAAAGUCAUGCUUGGGCUCAGUGCUUUCCACAAGCUGAGAUAGCUCAGCAGGCCCAGGUGGGCAUUGCGUAGAACUCUAUACCUUAUUUGGAGUUACUCAAUUCUAGGACAAGUAGUGUAAGUCUGUACCAUGGACUGUGGUUGAGAGUGCCAACCACCUCGUAGGAACCAUUGCUGUCCUCACAGUGUGCUAGAAGAAGCAGUUCCAAGACACGAACCCCAAAUAAGCAUACUGACUAACAAAACCUUUAAAGCAGGCAGCCAGGAACAGAGAACUGAUUAAGACUUUUUUCUUUCUUUUUUUCUUUUUAAAGCAUAAGGCAAUUUGAUCCCCUGUAGAUCACAGCAAGAUUAGAAGAAACCAAAUACAUGAGUAAAUUUAAAAUGGAAAAGCAUGACACUGAUUUUUUUUUUUUUUUUAAACCAAGAUGAAACAUUUUAUACAUGAACAGUGAGUGGAUUAAUACUGCCGCACAUCUUAACUGCCAUGGCAGUUAAAAUCUGUUGGUAUACAGAUCAGAAAUAAGAGCAUAACAAUCAUAUUUUUUCUUGAUUUCAGCCAUCUUGUAUGUUGCUUUAAAGUCUAACAUAACGGACUGUUAAGUGGAUAACAAAAACAGUUUGUUUAAUUUCCUUUUAUAAGCGUCAAGACUUUUCAGUCCAGUUUGGAACUUCACUUGGCACACAGUUGGCAGGAAGAAAAUAAUUCUCUAAUAGCUGUGUGUUUCACAUUAUCACUGCAGGAUGUUCCGUAGGAAUUCUUCUCACUAGAACACAGGGUUUGUUGCAGUAGCUGUAAUUAAGCAGAUUACUUGUUUAUCAAAAUAACAUAGCAUUGUGUUUUGCAAAAAGAAAGAAGUCCAGUUGCAGCCAGAAGUUAAGCAUCACUAAAACAGAGCAAGCCUAAAGAGUUCACCCGAGUCACACUGUAGAGGACAAGCAUUGUCAUGUGCUGGGGCCUGUGGCUGAGCAACUACAAUUUGGCAUUGGUGGAAUCUGAAGGCAUUAAAGCUUUAGGAAGCAGUGGAGAGCGAGGGAAGUAUGGUUGAACCAGGAGAGAAUAUGGAGGUGAAAUACUGCCCUGCCCUCUACGCAUUAUUGAUUUCAGUCCACAACUCAAUCACCAAAAAACCGUUUAUAUUCUAAAGGUUAACAGUGAUGAAAACAGUCAGAGUUGUAUUAACUUACAAGGCAUAAACCGUGUUGCUAGAAGGACCAACUGAUUUUUGGUCCCCAAGCUUAGCAUUUCCUGAGAAAUUUUAUCAAAGAACAACUUGGGCUGAUUCAAGAGUGAUGGAGUGAUUGAUUGAUUGAGAGAUCAAUGUAAACCUCACUAGUUUAUAUGAAGGGUCGUGAACAUGAAUUUCAGAACUGCCUGAAUUCCAUUGCUAUGACCAUCAGAUAUGCCAAGGCACUGCAAAUGCGUAUUGUGUAAAUCAGCAGGGGCUGGUAAAUGACUCUCUGGCUCAAAGAGAACCCUUGCACUGACAGCUGUCUGUUUCCACCAACGUUUUGGUUUUUGGAGUAAGCUUAGGCAGAUCUCACCUGGUUGCAGGGAAAGUAAAGGGACAGCCAACACUUCAGUGGUUCUGCUUGCAGUACCACCUGGAGACUGCCCCACCUGUCCUGCUCUGCCUGCCAGCCACAAGAUGAGUGACAACCUACAGGUUUCUUAAGUGCUCGUUUUCUCAGUCCACAGCAUCUCCAUCCUGGAAAAGAGAAUAGCAAAGGUUACAACCAUGUGCACUGGAGGUCUCAGAGCCUCAAGAGGAAUGGGAGGGUUUGUACCACUGUAAGUCCUUGGCAGUGCUGGGCUGUGGAGGGCCCUGAAGAUGAAUUCAAAUCUCCUUGUCCCAGCAGGGAAUGGAGAUGAUCCUUCUGCAGACUGAAUGUGUGGUGUGGCUGGAUCUUACCAGUCUUCUAAAUAUCCUAAGCGGAGGGGGAGACAAACGUCCAGCCGUCAGUUUCCAUUUCUUAAGAAACUCCAGAGAUACCUGAAGGCAAAUGGUGUUAUUGUUCUGAGAUCUCUGCUUAGGCAGUGCUGGCUUUCAUUGUGACAGGAUGAUUAGUGACAACUUCAUUAUGCCCUGUAAGUUUAUAUGGCAGUCAGAGUCAGGCUAGCAAGGAUAGGUGUGGCAGGAACUCUGCAGGUCAAACGUUGCAUGAACAGCAGCUGCUGGGAGCCCAUUCCCCUGCUAAACCAGAGCAUUUGCAAGAUGCUGAUGCCCCCAGCAGCAAUGGAGAGGCUUGCAGGGCUUCCUAGGAGCUGCUUUGCAUGUCUGAGGAGCAAGCACAGCACUCUCCAGCUGUGUUGUAGCCCCUUCAGCUGGAGCUGGAGCCCUUUGCAAAUUAUUACAUCAUUACUGUGUACGCUUGAAGGCCUGGAUCUAUGCCUUCCCAUUUAGAAAAUGCCUUUUCUUUUUCAGGUGUCAGUAGGUCCAAGGUUUUGGAACAUUGAGUUUUUCUACUAACUUAUGUUGUUAAUUAUGGGAAUUACUUGAGCUAAAAUGACGAGGUCCUAGCUUUUUGCCUCAGGGACUGGGUCCUGAGUAGUUUUCCCUAGAAUUGGUGUUGAUGGGGGAUUACACAGUGGCUGACUAUUACAGGGAAGAUGCUUUAGUCUCCUUUUGCAAAGGAGAAAAAUUUAAACAAAAUUAUAGCUUUGCAAUGAAUUUCAUUUUCUUAGCCUUAACCAUCCUUCAUCAUUUUGAACAGGUGCCCUAAGCAUGCUCAAACAUUCCAUAAGUAAGCAAAAAUAUUUAUAUAUAUUUGUAUGUACAAAAUGCCUGAAUUUUGGCUCUGAAAGCCAACAAGCAGAACCCACCAAAGCAUAGUUUAUAUCCACAGAUAACUGUUCCACCUUAUCUUCUCCAUCUGUUGACUUGGAGUGGAUAGGGUUGAGGAAAGUUAUGAUUUUUCCUUGUUGAAAAAGCAUCUUGCACUUUCUCUAAGUUACAAUGAAAAAAAAAAAAAAACAAAAAAACAAACAAAAAAACCCAAACCAAAAACAAAACAAAAAACCCAGCAAAGUAAUCAAGGAAGAAAUAGAAUGAGAUUGAAAAGCAAAAGUUCAUUAAUCUGCAGCUCAGAUUCUGUAGCAUUUCCUUUACUGCAAAUUGGCUGACUCAGAUUUGGUUCUCCCACCUGCCUGUAACACUAAAGCUUCUCCCUAGGUAAAGGGGAAAAAAAAAAAAAGAUUUAGUCUCAAAGUAGUGCAAGGAUGCUAGUUGUACUGUGCACGUGUAUGUUAAUUGUGCAAUGGCUUGUGAGAUGACACAAAGUUUUCCUAUCUUUUGUUUUGUUUUGUUUUGUAUCCUUGAGACAAUCUGGGUAAGAGAUCUUAAAGCUCCGCAGUGGCUAAAAGACAGUAGAAAUGCCAACCAGGUCACAGAGAAACUUCUGUACAUUUUUCUGGGAAAGAGAGUUUGAAGCUGAAGUAAACAUGGGAUCAGAAAGACUCAUGUCUCUCCUGCUGAACUGAAUCUUAAUUCAUCUGUACUUCUGAAAAUGAUUUAACUAUGGUAUGCAAACUCUGUUCCAGAGAACCAAGACCAUCAGUGAGACAUACUGACCAUCUUCUAUGCACAGUGCUUCUUUCAAGAAAUGUCUGUCCUGCCAUGAUCCAUUCAUGGAAAGCAUUUCUUUCCUAGUGCAUAAUAUAACAAUAUGACAAGAGCUCAGAAGCCACUGUGAAAUGGUUUCCACUGCUGUUGUCUUAGCUGAAAAAUGCUCCAAGGGCUUGCAGAAACUCUGCCAUUUUUUACUUCAGCCCAUUUGUGCACUCAACACUAGGGCACAAUUUAAAGACACCUCUUCUCUGUUUAUUAUUUCUUUUCUCUGGCCCCAGCUCUUCUUCAUUUACAGUGACAUCCCAGUGCCACUAAUAGGUACAACUUUGCUUUCUUCAGAAAAAUACAUUUACCCAUUUCCAGACUGGCAUGAAGGAGAGCAACUCCAAGCUCUUUUGUCACCUUCAGCUGUGCUUCUGUGGCUGUGGCUUUUUAUUUUUGCUGAAGGGUUGUUUUUUUUUUUCCUUCUAGUAUUUAGUAGGCUGCCUUGAGCUGUGGGUAGUUAAAGAACUUUCCACUGGCUUUGUGUCUUGCACGUCUUAGCAUCCACUAGUCCUGCAUCUGAUUUCAGUGAUGAGCAGAGGUUUAUGCUGCACUGAUAGCUCUGUGUGUCUACCUCUUGGAAAGUGCUCUUACGACAGCGGUAGUCAUCAGAUACCAUUAUCCUUUCACAUAGGAGCUUUCCCCUUCAUAAUCAGUGAGGCACAGCAGAGAUAAAGGCAUGAUAAAACUGUAAAAUGGGGCUUGCAUUCUUGCUGAUUAAGUCCAUGUUCUGUGUUUUCAGCAACUUUGUUCUUUGUCAGUUGUGCUUUUCCAAACUAAAACUGGGAGCAGGAUGGACGUCAUCCUGCUCUGCAGCAAGGGCUGUGGGAGCACAGCAUGGAUUCUUUGCACAUACAGGCCCAUAUGAGUCAAAACCAAGCUAUGCUAAAGGUAAGAGAAAGCUGAAUAAAACAGAGCAGCCCAGCCUGCCAGGGGAGCACAGAGCAGGGAUAUAAACAGAGAAUCCAAAGCUCUGCUGUAGACUAGUCAUCAGUGCAAAAUUCAGAGAAAUAAUUACUAAGGCUGUCUUGAGGAAAGUAUGAAGUCUUCCAUCCAUCCCUGCUGUGGAAUGUGCCACAGCAAUUUCUGAUUACUGUGACUGGUGUGAGACUGUCUGUAAAACAAGAAUACA